AUGAACGUGCGAAUUCGAGGCCCAUUCUCGCUGGCCAUCUUUCUGUUGGCACUAUUCGAAACGCUGCAUUGGAGUCUUGCCGCGGGCGACAUCAACAGCCCAGACUUCUUCGAGAGGGAGGUGGACAACCUGCGCCAUACCCAGGCUUCCUUCCUGUCGUCGGGAGAUACCAUCGUGCGCAUCGCGACCAAGCUCGCCGAGAGGGAAACCGGUCGCAAGUACAGCGAUCACGGAUCGAACGCCUUCAUUCAUCGUAAGUGGGGCGGCCUCGACCGCGACCUCGGGAAGCGGCAACACGAAAUUUCCUCGCGAAGCCUCAAGCUCGCGACCUCCAAACACGAACAGAGCGCGGCCGAGCCGAGUCCCAACGCAACGGAAGGCGCUGCAAGCAGUCACCACAACGUGGUCAUUUUUGCAGUUUUGUACAUGUCUGCGACGAUCUUCCAGCUGUUUGGUUCAGCCACGCCAGCUGGAUCGUCUAUGAAUCAACACAUCAGAAGGAGAGCCUUCGUCUCACCACUCCUCGUUUUGCCACUCCUCUUCGCUCCCGUCUUCGGCUCGACUCAGCUCGACGCGCAUCUUCCUCUUCCUUCCAUUCCCUCCACAUCCCUCCAUCACAUCGACGCCCUCAGCCUCCCGUCUGCUGCCGACGGCGCCACCGUGUACAUAUCGGCACCGCUCGCGGCGCCUCCUACCGACUGCGAUCUGCAAUGCUGGCUCAAGAGGCUCAUGAUCCACAUCCCCGACCAAAAAUUCUCGAGUUCGUGGCUCGGCGUCACCGUCACCGGCACUGUGAGCAAGGGCGUGUGCACCGGGCUCACCCUCGGCGAUCUCCAGUCUUCGCUCGUGCCCCCGGCCGGCGUGGGCUUCGACGUCGCGGGCCUCAGCAUCCAGUGCGCCCUGGACUGGGGUCUCUCGGUGCCCUUGUUGCCCGCGUUGGGGGGCAGCGCCAACGCCGUCGUGAACAACUCGAAGCUGGCGCUCACUCUGCAGCUUCAGAAGGACGCCGACGGCCUCGCCAGCGCGGCCAACCUCACCACAUGCACGCCCAAGAUCGUCGUGUCGUCGAUCGAGUUCCAGGGCGACUUUAGCACCUUCCUCGACCUGCUACGCACCGAGGUCGCCUCGGUCAUCUCCAACAGUCUCAACGGCGUGAUCUGCACCGAGCUGACGAAGCUGGUGCAGACCAACCUCACCAACGUCCUGCAGGACGCCGAUAUGUUCAUCCGCCCCUUUCUCAAGCCGCGCCCGCCGGUGGUCCCGCCCGUGUACCCGCCCGGCAUGAUGGAUCUCCGGAAGAGCUCCAUGCUGGCGGUGGUGGACUAUGUUCUCGACGACGUCGUCGGUGCCGAUGGCAUCCUCGGCCUCAACAAGAUCGUGAACGCGCUCACCAACAACACCGGCCGGGUCGCCGUGUCAAACAUCGGCCUGUCGGUGCCCAUCCCCGUCGCGUCUCUCGGCGUGGUCACGUUCGGCCUCCACAACGUGUCGAUCUCGGGCCUCAACACCUGGGGCCUGUUCGACGUGCUCGAGCCCGAGGGCCACUACAACCUCACCUCGCGCACGCAGCUCGACACCUUUGCUCUCUCCGUGGCCUUCUCGGUCAACGUGAGCGUCAACGGCACGCUCGGCGACACCUACCUCUACGAGGAAGCCGUACUGAUCGCCGGGCUCGAGAACAACACUCUCCACUCCUCGCUGCAGGUCGCCAUCAACGACGCCACCGUGCGGAGCCUCACCGACAACCAGAUUAUCGUGCCCGGCUGCCUGCUGUCGACCGUGCACGACCUCAACAUGACGCAGCUCGACUUCUCGUUCGUGCUCGCACAGCUCCAAAUUCUGGCUACCAACGGCGGCACCGAGGAGCAGCUCGACACGGCCAUCAACAACGUCUUUGCGCUGCUCACCCAGUCGUUCCAACCGGCCAUCCCGGCGCUCUUCAACGGCCUCGUGGCCGGACCCGUGCGCCUCCUAGCCAAUGUGGGCUUUGGCGCGCUGCUCGAGGCCAACACGACCUGCACCAACCCGUCCAGCCCGGAGACCUUCAACCGGGAGUCCACCAUCGCCGCCUUCUCCGGCGCCGGCGGCGUGUUCGCCGUGCUUCUGGCCCUGACCGUGGCCGCGCUCUUCAUCUCCCAGAUGCCGUCGUCGUCGCCAUCCGACGAGGAGUCCAACGCGCCGCUUAUCAACGACCACCGUGACCGCCGCGUGCUCUCCGACGACGCCAUCGACGGCGUCGGCGAGACGAAGGAGGAGGAGGAGACUGAUGGCCGCCGCAGCAAGUGGCUCAACGCGCUGAUCUUCACCUCGCGCUUCCCCGCGGCACUGCGCUACGGCGUCCUGCUGUUGCUCCUGAGCAACAUCGCGCUCUUCAUCUCGUCCAACACCUCGGUCGGCGCGUCGGUCUACAUGUACGUCACGAUGGGCGGCGAGCAGACGAAGCUGCCCUCGCUGUUCGACUUCAGCCUGGGCAACAGCGUGGUGGACAUGUGGCACGCCGAGGUCUACGCGCUCUCGCUCCUCAUCGCCGUUUUCUCCGGCGCGUGGCCCUACCUCAAGCUGGUCAUGCUGCUGCUCUGCUGGAUCGUCCCCGUCAACCUUCUGACGCGCAAGAACCGCGAGCGUGUGCUCAUGUCGCUCGACGUGCUGGGCAAGUGGUCCCUCAUCGACGCCUUCGUGCUCACGCUCAUGAUGGUGGCCGUUCCACUUCCGCAUCGUGCCUCCCGUCUCGCCGCACACGCCGCCGGCACCGCGCGGGUCGAUGCCUACGUCGAGCCCCACUGGGGCUUCUACAGCUUCCUGCUCGCCACCAUGCUCUCGCUCGCCAGCACUCACGUCGUCCUGGCCUGCCACCGCCUCGAGUCGGCCCCGAAGCCCAAGCCCAAGGCGCCGCACCUCGUGGCCCAGUCUCGCUCGCGCGGAGCUCCCGGGCAGCAGAAGCACAAGUGGGAGGCCCUGUGCUCGUACGCGUUCAAGUCCAACUGCGUGCUCUCCCGCUUCUCGUGGCUAGUCACCGCCGCCGUCACGUUCCUGCUCCUCUUCUCCAUCGCGCUCCUCAUCACCGGCUCCGUCAUCGACUCCUUCCAGUUCCAGUUCCGCGGCGCCUUCCAGCUCCUCUUGAACUUCCUCCAGGAGGACUCGUUCACCUCCUACUCCAUCAUCUCCACCGGCCUCGCCCUGCCCAGCAGCGCGCUCAACCCCGACAGCUUCGGCGUGCGCUUCAUCCAGGUCACCUGGUUCAGCUUUGCCAUCGCCAUCCCGCUGUGCUACCUGCUCCUACUCCUCGUUCUGUGGCUCACCCCGUUGACACCGAGGCUGCAGCGCGGCGUGUUCGUCGUGACCGAGUUCAUCAUCGGCAGCCGCUGCGACAUCAUCAACCCGCUCCUCGCCCAGUACUUUGGCCCCUAUCUCGAUGGCGACACCAAGUGCUUCGACGUCAUCGCCACCCUGGACGACGGCUGCUUCUUCCUCUUUGCCGCUUGCGCCAUCUACAUCAUCGUCGGCCUCGGCGUGCAGAUCGCCUGCCACAAGGCCCUCCGCGAGCGCGAGGGCGAGCUCGCCGAAGCCGAGGCUGCCGCGCACCUCCCCAUCAACAUCAACGGCCCCGACUUUGACGGCGACUACGUCCGCUCCUACUUCCACGACGCCCAGGAGGACUGA